UGUUUAUCAUUUGUAAUACAAAGCGAAGAAGGCGUUUGAGUAUUGUCAAAAGUCCUUUACCUGUUACCUGUAUUACGUGAAUUGUAAUGUAUUUAGAGUUGUCUAGUAAGCUGUGUGAUAUUUCUUAGUGUAUAAUUAUGUGACAAUCUUGAAUUGUCAUGUGUAACGGACAGCUUCCUCUUUCAUUUUUUGAACGUAUGGUAGAGCCAUUGAACUGGUUAGGUGUGGAGCAACCGACGGGGUGAACAUCGGCGUAGGUGCAGCAGGGUCGCCGGGGGCUGCGGACGAUGUUCUCGGCGCUGAAGAGGCUGACGAGCAGGGCGGAGGGGGGGGCGCCCCCCGCCGCCCGGCCGAGCCACCAGACCAUGUCCCACUCCCUCCAGAAGAAGUUCGCCAAGGGAGUCCAGUACAACAUGAAAAUCAUUAUUAAAGGAGACCGAAAUGUAGGAAAGACAUGUUUGUUCCACAGACUCCAAGGAUUGAAGUUUGUUGAGGAAUAUGUGCCUACGGAAGAGAUUCAGGUGGCGAGCAUCCAGUGGAACUACAAGGCCACGGACGACGUGGUGAAGGUGGAGGUGUGGGACGUGGUGGACCGCGGCCGCAAGAAGAGGCGCUUCGACGGCCUGAAGCUGGACAACGGCCAGCUGGAGGCGGCGGAGGAGCCCGCCCUGGACGCCGAGUUCCUGGACGUGUACAAGGGCACCAACGGCGUCGUCCUCGUGAUGGACAUCACCAAGACCUGGACGUUCGACUACGUCCAGCGAGAACUGCCCAAGGUGCCCAAUCACAUCCCGGUGCUGGUGCUGGCGAACCACUGCGACAUGUCGCACCACAGGACUGUCACGCCGGAUCACGUGGCGUACUUCGUCGAGAGCUUUCACAGGCCGGCAGGCUCGGCGCAGGUGCGGCACGCAGAGUCCUCGAUGCGGAAUGGCUUCGGCCUGAAGCUGCUGCACAAGUUCUUCAACCUACCGUUCCUGCAGCUGCAGCGGGAGGCGCUACUGGGGCAGCUGGACACCAACCAGCAGGAGACACUGCUCACGCUGCACGAGCUCGACCUGUACCAGCAGAGCGACGACGCCGACUACCACAAGUUCCUAGACAACCUGAUCAACAAGCGCCGCCUGGUCGCGGACUCGAGCUCCGCUGCAGCCGCCCCCAGGAGCGGCCCCCAGGCCUCCCAGAGCAGCCACCAGCUGCGCCAGGGGCCGGCCGGCACGGACGCCUCCCCGGGCAUGACGAGGAGCAUGUCGGGCCCCGUGGGGGGCGGCACGCCCAUCCCGGGGGGCGGCGGCUCUGCCCGGCCGGAGGACUCGUCUGCCCGGGCGAACAUGCUCAAGAAGGUCAAGGAUAGUCCGGAGAGGCGGCCCAGCUUGGUGUCGGAGGCCCUGCCAGAGCCAAUCACGAGUGUGGAGGAGUUUGUUCCUGACGGAGGUCUGCUUGACCGUUCCUUCCUUGAAGAGGCCAGUGCUCAGGAGAGAUCUACUCCACAGAAGAUGAUGGAGCAAGAUUCUGACAGUGACGUGGACACAGGCAAUCCCUUGGUCGCUGGUUUCCGAGAUGAACUCGACUCCGACGACGCAGCAGCGACAGCUGAUCCUGUGGCUCGGCCUGUCGUCAAGAGAGACAGUCUGUCCAGUGUUGACACCGAUAUUGUCAACGUUGAGAAUAAGUUGGCUUCACUAAAGGUGGCGGAGGGCCGGGACCCGCCGGGAGCCAUCACGGCGGAGGCCUUCGACGCGUGGCUCGGCCCGGACUGCAAGUGGCGUCGCAGCCCCGAGGGCGACAGCAGCCACAGCAACGGGGCGGGGCGCGAUGGGGAGGAGGACGAGGAUGCCGGCGGGGCGCGUCUGGGCCUGCUGUCGCCCCGCUCGGGCGGCUCCAGCCCCCUGCCCCUGCCCCCCGGCCGGCACGCCGCCAAGAAGAAGGGCCGGCACCGCGACCAGAGCACGAAGAAGCACAGGAAGAAGGCCCCGAGGGACAAGGAGAAGACGCAGCCUGCCGGGCAGGAGAGGCAGGAGAGGGAGGAGAGGAAGAAGCGCAAGAAGUCGGUCGGCCGGCAGACCCGGGCGGAGGACAGGGAGCGGGAUGAGCUGGAGGAGUUCCUGAACGGCCCGGCUGCCCCCCAGGCCGACCCUGCCUACGAGGCCAUCUAGCCCGGGCUGCCCGCCAGCGUCCCAGGAGUAGAGGACACAGUCACACAAAAUUGUAAUUUUUCAACUGAUUGAAGUCUCUUCUCUGGCAACCUGUAAAUGCAGUUAUCAAUGCAGUAAUAUACCUUGGCAGUGGAAGCUAAAACUGUUUAAUGGUUAUCAUGGAAUACCAAGUGAAAACGAACAAGGAACAUACUUGUUAGGACUAAUGCAGAUCCAGGAGAGAUAGCUGAUCGCCACCCAGCACGAAAGCAGCAUUAAAGUGACCAGUGUUAGCUUAACAUAAGUACUUUCGCCUUUUUUUAUGUGUUUACAAACUGAAUAAUUUUUAUAGCUUUCUCUUCUACAAGUUACCUAUUUUCUAUCAGUGUAUUUAUCCAUUUAUUUUUUUACUGCAUUGUAGAGUUACAUUUUAAUGUUUUUGUAAGAAACAUAUUAAUUUGUUAAUGUUGUUGUUUUAUAUUAUAAUAUUGUAACUUUAUGGUGGUUAGCUAGCAAUCAUCAAUAAUGAAUAUUUGACUUGUCAGUCAAUCAUUUGAUAAAAGUUUUAUGCUGAUCAUUUUUGCAUGUACAGUGAAUCCUCCUUUAAUGGACUCUGUUCAACAGACUUCAGAUUUAACAGAUGGCUCAUGGCGAAAAUACAUGUGUUGUGUUGCUUUCUUUUUUUGUACAUACUUGCACACUGGGUCUGUGAAUUACCAAAUAGAAGUUCAGUUGUUCAGUAACGUAUUGCGUGUCUGUUGGUCGUUCUUACGCUUAGAUAUAAUGUACGUAGUUGCCGUCUUAGUUUUGUGUUGCAGACUUAACAAACAAUUGCUCUGUAACAGAUGCAUACCGCCACUCACCACUGUGAGGCAGCAAAGUAGUAAUACACGUGCGAAUGUUGCUAGCGCUUCUGCGUGUAUGAUGCUAUGGAUAAGCGAGCAGGGUGGCUUGCAGCCCAAAGCAGCCUAAAUUUAAAUUUUUAUCGAAAAUAAAAAUUGUCAGUGUAAAGAACUGAGCAGCAAUAUACUGUGUUACUGGUUCCAAAUUUAAAUGGCUGGGUCUCUUACCCAUUGGGAUUUUUUUAAUUUUCUCAUCAUUACUAUUAGUUAAGGGGUACAUCUGUAAUUUUAAAACUGUAACUUUCUUGCAUUUGUUGUGUCACACACAUUGCUACGAAUAUUACACUUGGUAAACAUCCGUUGAAAAUAUUUGUCAGAAAAACUACUGCAAGGAAGCUGUAGUGUUAAUAGAAAUAGCCCUUAAGUGACAGUUAUGAUGAGGAAAUUAAAAAAACUUACAUGGUGUGUGAAACCUAGUCUUAACUAUUUUGAAAUGUUUCUGAAGCAUACAUAUCAAGGUUUGAGGAUUGAAUCAGCCAUGAGUCCAUGACCUUCAGUAAGGAGCCAGGCUUAGGAAACCAAAACCACAAUGGCCGGACGGGGAUCCGAACCCGGCUCCUACUCUCUUACCACUGUGCCACCUACUCCCCCGUUUUCAUGACAGUGUCUCUGUGCCUGAUGACGGGAACUGAUCAGAUCCCAAAACAUCGCAACUGUUGUGUCUUAGAAAGCCUACUUUGUUGUGUUGUGUUGCAUUGCUUGAAUAUAUGCUCAGUUUCAUAGCUGGGUUCGCAUGUUUUGGCAUUGUGUUGUCCGUAUAUACUACCGUUCUUGUCGCAACAGUCUCGUCUUUGCCAGCCCACUGGGUUUGUCUGUACUGUGAUGUGAUAUUGUUCUGACUAAAUUCCUUUCAUAAAAUUAUUUGUUCUUUCUAUGGAUUUAAAAUUUGACAUUGGCUUAUUUUGGCUUUUUUCCUGUGUUUGUGUAUUCUGUUCUUCAGGUUUUCUCUUACACACAGUGUAAACUUAACAGUGGUGUAUGUCCCAAAUAAUGUUUUUAAUCAAUCUCCCCCACUGCAAGAAUCAUUCAAACUAAAUAGUAAUAGCAUCAUCAUUCUGUGUUUUCAAGUCACUCACUGUAUUUUGCAUGUUUAUCCCUUGUUAUACUUUGUUCUUGGAAGGACUGUAUGUACUUAAAAACCAUAGACUAAUGUUGAGGCAUGCUGCUGAAGCAAAUUUGUGGCUAAAACAUUCAAUGGCUUUGCUUGCCUAUAUAACUGUCAAAACCAUGUGUCAUGGUCAUGAUAUUUUAGUCAUUACUAGUAAAAAGUUUACUUUUAGUCUACCUUUGAGCUCUGUUUUUUAUGCAGCGAUGGCCACAUCGUGAUGUACGCUUGUUCCCGUGCUUACAUUCUGGAACCUAUCAACUGCGUACAUUUCCAUCGACGGCAAACGAACCUUCUCCUACAUAGUCCCUUGGAUCAAGGGUUCACUGUACUUCUGACCUGUCACGUCUGACAUGAAGUGUCAGCAAGUGUUAUAGAUUGAACAUAGUGUACAUUGAAUUAAAUUUGUACAUUGAUAAUGAUGAAAUCUAAUUGUGUGAUAAUAUUUUUGUGAAACUCGGUGCGAGUUAACAUUGAGCAUUUAACAUCAGAUACUUGUAUGCAUUUCAAACCCUUGUAAAGCUCACAACUGCCCAUUAUGAAACUUUGUAUCAACCAUGUGUAUGUAAUGUUGAACUUGAAAAAUAACUGUGGAAAAAAUAUUAAAAUGCAAUCCUUUA